AUCGAUAACUCCUCAUUCCUCAUAGAAUUGCUUCUUGUGCUGGACAGACGCUCGAGUGAUGAGAAUCAAUGCCGAAUGAACUUAAAAAUCAAAUUUACUUUCGGUUGAGAAAAAACUUUGAGGAAAUUUUUGUGUCAAUUCCCCCCGCCCCCCUCCCACUAUGUUGGAGCUGGACACAGAAUUUGCAGAGGAGGAAGUUGUGGAGAAUCCCACUUUGAAGGCAGCAUACAACUUGGCUCCACUGCAUCAGAAUCAACCUCUGCGCUGGGACCACAAGGUUGAUUUACUUGGAGAAAAGAUUUAUGACAAAGUCAUUCACCUGUGUGAACUGUGUGAACUUCCCAUUCUAGUCUAUGGACGUAUGCUGCCAUGUAAGCACAUCUUCUGCUUUGACUGUGCCCGGAAGUGUGAGAAGACAUGCAAACGAUGUGGUGCUAGAGUACAGAAAGUAGAGAAGUCUGCUCUUGGAACUGUUUUUGUGUGCACCCACGGCGCUCCGAAACACAACACGAAAGGAUGUCGGAGGACGUAUCUCUCGCAGAGGGAUCUGCAGUCACACAUUGCCCAUCGUCAUAUGCCGAAGCCGGAGAGCAAGUCCUCCUCCCAGCCAGCCACGAUGACCUCGCAGGCCUCCCUCCAGCUGCCUCUCACCCAACAGCAGGCCGCGCAGCAGCAGGCGACCCAACAACCCGUUGGGAACCCUGCACUGUCUGUGAACUCAUUAGGUCUGCCACCUCACCUGGCCCCACCACUGCAAGUGCCGGGAGGUCACUCGGCGGGUGGCGGGCUGAAUCUCUCCUCCUCCUCCUCCCACAGCGGGCCGGUCGGACAACAGCUUAGCCCGGCCCCACCCCUUAUCCCGGGUCUGGGAGAUUUGCGACAGGUGGCUUCCUCUGUGGCAGGCUCCUCCUCCUCGGCAGGCCACGGGGGCUCUCCCCUGGUGCCGCCCGCCCCAAGCCCGGGCUCCAUGGCUCCCUCCAUGUUGCCGUUUGGCAGCCCCGGUGUUCAAGGUGGUUCGGAGCCCAGCAUCUACCGCCCAUUGGACAUGGUGCCACUUUCACAGCAGCAUCAGCAUAAGCAUCAGCUUCAACAACAACAGCUGGAGCUGCAGCAGCAGCAGAUGCAACACCAUCAGCAGCACCAGCAGGGCAUGGGUCUGGCCUCCCCUCACAUGCAGCCAGGCCAUGGAGGAGCUAUGCAGAUGGGGCAGGGGGGCAUCAUGCACCAAGGACACGGCUCCAUGCAGCAAGGGCUAGAGAUGCAGCCUGGACGCAAUAUGCCUCAGGCGCAUAACGUCCAACAAGGGCAGAACAUGCAGCAAGCACAUAACAUGCCGGGGCAUGGCAUGCAACAAGGGCAUAAUAUGCCUCAGGGCCAUAACAUGCAGCAAGGACACAAUAUGCCUCGGGGACACGGCAUGCAACAGGGACUCAAUAUGCCGCAAGGGGGACAUGGCAUGCCGCAAGGACAUAACGUUCCGCAGGGGGGACACGGCAUGCAACAGCGGCACGGUGGCCUUCAGGGGCUGGACGGCUCAGGUGGACAUAACCUUCCGCAGAGUCGUAGGGACAUGCAAACUGGCCAUGGACCCAUGUCGCAUGGACACAGUCCAAUGUCCUCAGGCCAGAAUGCUAUGCAUCAGGGCCACGGUAAUAUGCCGCUGUACAAUCAGGGCAGGAUAUCGCCGGGAAUGAUGCAGCAAAUGAACAACCAGCGGAUCCCGUCGCCAACGUCUCAGCUGCUUCCGGGUUCCGGCGGCCACCAACAGCUUUCUCCCCUCUCAGGGGGCAGCAAAAAUGUGGACAACUUCAACAGCUCUCAGGGCAAUGCUGGGCCAGGCCUGCAGAACCCGCAAGCACGGACUAACGUCAACCUCAUCACAGUCCCCAUCCAGGACGAAGGUCAGUAUCGGCCUCUGCCGUAUGUAAAUCCUUCUCAGGGCGGGAGCGCCUCUUUCACCCAGACUCGUCCCAAAAUGCAGAAUCCCUCCCAGCAGAACUUUGGCCAGUCCAACAUCUCUUCUUCGGGAAUGUUUCCCAAUGCGAACAGCCCUCAGCAGAUGGCGGGCAGGGACAAUCAUAACUUGGGUGGUGGUGGUGGGGGAGGAGGAGGGGGCGGAAACAAUGCUCAGAACAUGAACUUCAACAAAGGCGCCAGCAACGCCCAGGGAGCUCUCCUGAUGACGCCUCACAGCAACAUGGGAGCUAACAUGCCCAACAAUAUGCCCAACAACAUGCCCAACAAUAUGCCCAACAAUAUGCCCAACAACAUGCCUAACAACAUGCCCAACAAUAUGCCCAACAAUAUGCCCAACAACAUGCCCAACAACAUGCCGCGGGCCUUGGCUGGGAUGGUGCAGGCCUUCAACUUUGCCGCCCGCUCCCAGGGGGCAGGACUCAUCCCCACACCGGGAAACUCUGGGCAGGGAGGCUCCCCUCGGUUUAACCCCACAAACCGAUGGCCCAGCCCAAGAGGUAUCCAGCCCAGAAUGACUCAAGGUCAGCAGCGACCUCGCGGAGGAGGUGGAGAUGGGCAGUUUCAACCUAACUAUUAUAACUAAAGUAGAGGUUGGGCAGUUUAUGCCAAAUUCUAUUAUAAUAACAUUUAAUCAAUUGAUAGAGACAACUUUUUUCUUUUUUUUUUUUUUUUGCUUUAGGCCAAAAAUAUUGUUUGUGAUUGCGAUGAAGAGAUAAGCCGAUACAGUAUCAUCAAGGAUGACUAUCUGGAUGUGAUAAUCGUGAGUGUCAUUUCGGUGCUCAGGAAGUUGGGACAUAGCUGGGUCAUUGUGCUGACUACUGUAUAAGAACACGCUGUGUCUCUUUAUGCUCCAUGGUGCUGACAAUGAUUCCAUUUGCCGGGUCUCUUGAGAAGAUCGGCUUUUUGUCUACUGCGUUAUUCCUUCAUUUUUUACGUGUGUUCUGAUUGCACUCAAAUUGCUGUGCUAUCAAAUCUUGUCAACUAACGCUAUGAUUGCUGAAUCUUUCAGUGUGAUGGAUUUUUUGCUAGUUUCUUUGUCAUUUGUUAUGAAAGUCUGAAAAGUAGUUCUGCCUAAAUCAAGUUUGUCAUCUAUUAUCUAACUAAGAGUUCUUUUUUAUUUUUGUUUUCCUCUCCAUUUCUGGAUAGAGUUUAACAUGGAUAGGUCGAACACAGAAGACUCGAAAUCAUGCAUCCGUCGACCUGUGCCUGUGGUCCCUUUUUUCUUCUUCUUUAUUUUUGUAAGAUAUCCCCCCUAGCUAUCAAGACCGGUCACGACAUAUUCAAGCUAUCCAUGUUAUACUGUAGUUCAGUUUUACAUAAGGAGAAGGAGGGGUUUUUCUUCCAUGAUGACUCAAAUUAAAUGAGAAGUGAAAGUUCUACCUCAGUAUGAUUUGCACAUUUACAGUUAGAGGAGAAUGAUUCCAGCUGAGGUUAUGGCGAUUUUCAAUAAUGCUGUGCCCUGUGUUUAUCCUGCUGAUGGAAAUAGCCUGAUAAUCCUUUGGCUGAACAAAGGUAUACAACAUAUGGAACAGAUGCGUAAGGUUUUUUAAAUCAUGGUUGUUCCAAACUGUUUGUUUCAUGUGUAUGUGUUUAAAGUUUUGUGGGGUUUUUUUGUUGUUUUUUUUCGGCAAUGUGAUAUAUCAUUGCUGUUGCCAGAAAAAAAAACUGAGUAAUUUCUUCACUGUUUUUUUCUCACUCUGUAUAGCAGUGUAAAAUGGAGUAGCUCAUUUCUCUUGUGACAGCAGCGAUACUGCCUUAUCAUUUUGGAAGCAGUUUGAAAUCAGAAAUUUUCCUCUGAGGUUUAUGUGGCUCCCAUGCUGCUGUGUUCUGAAUAAAUGGGACAGCCUCUAUCAUCUAUGAUAACUAUUUUUGUACUCAGAGGUUGUUAUUGUAUUUAGUUGUUUAUAUUAUGCUGUUGUUUUAAGUGAAAUGGAAUACUUGAGAGAAAGCAAGGAACUGUAGUUUUCGAUGGAAUCAAAAUGUAUGACUGACUUCUACUUCUAGGUUAUGCUGCAAGAAUUGUUUUCUUUUCUUUUCUUAUGAAAUAUAUUUCUGAAGUAUUAAGUUCAGCAUCGGGGAGUUUACAGCAUUGUCUUGUUCUUAAAGACUUGAUUAAGAUUAAGAUUGUCUUGGGGACUCAGUGUGAAACAUUUGAGUUAUGAGGGUUAGCAGUAAUUUGUGUGGCAUAUGCCAAUGUUGAAAAUGGAGGGUGGGUGUCUUGAAAUCUUAAGUGAAACUAUGUGAGGACUAGCCUAGCACGCACAUAAGGAACAGAUUUUCAGGUCCCAAAUUGUUUUCUUAUACUUCCCGCAUUUAAAAACUAGAAGCACGAAUAUAUCAAAAUUUGCACAUAAGGAAAAGAUUCCCUCGUCCGGCCAAUUUCUAUUUGUGCAUGCUGGUCUGUCGUUUAAUGUAGUUUAACACUGGAUCAAUCAGGAUGCUGCUGUGGCGAGUUAAAAAUACGGCGUAUACUUUCACAACUGUGAGUCUAUCCUUCUCUGGCUAAUGAAGCAUCAGAUUCUCUUUGUCUGUGUAUGUCCGAAGUAGGCUUCUUCUACUCAAAUUUCUUGUACUACUCUGACUUCAGAACUCAGGACCCCUAGUUUAGGUGAAUGCUGGUCUGCAAUAUGUACUGUGUUGUGAGGAUGAGGACUGGUAGGUAGAAAGCCUUGGACUUUUGACUUGAAUGGCAUGUAUGCAGAGUCAUUGUCUCUCACGCUCCUCAUGCCAUGAAUUAAAGAUUUUUGAUUGAAUUGUGUUUCAGGAUGUACAUGUGUCAAUAAAGAAGAAUGAAGCAUUA